AUGGUCGUUAAUCUCUAUUACCCAAAUCCCAACCUUCUACCCGUGGAGGAUGGCUUCGGAUACCUCAUACCGCGUUCGAUCCCCUACAAGCAGAACCCAGAAUGUGGACUUGGUGUCAUCUUCGCCUCGUCCUCUAGUGUAGGGAACGGAACGGACCCUUCAUCAUCUGAAGUUAGCCAAGAUUCUGCACCUGGAACGAAACUCACCGUCAUGCUAGGUGGACAUUACUGGGAUGGUUUCGAAGAGUAUCCAGACCACGACACUGCAGUGAAUAUGGCCCGCGACAUGCUCAAGAGGCACAUGAAUAUCACCGAUACUCCAACUGUCGCACGGAGUCGUCUCCAGAAGGAUGCUAUUCCUCAGUACACAGUCGGCCAUCUGGACCGUAUGUAUGAGCUCUCGCACACAGUUCGCAAUGAGUACAGCAAGCGGCUUAUUCUCGCGGGAAACUGGUAUAACGGCGUAGGUGUGGGCGACUGUGUCAAACAGGGUAUCCUAUCUGCCACCUACGGUAUUGGAAGAAUCCCGCUCAAUGAUGAGCCUAGUCCGUGGCGCCCAUGGACUUCCUUUGAUUAUAAGCGUUGGAACCUCCGGGGUGGCAUUGUGACGUCUCCUGUUCGUCUUGUUGACUCCGAAAUCUGA